AUUUAUUUUCGCCUAUUUCCGUUUUCCAACACUGCGCACUUUUCCUUUCAACAUUUCGUUUUCCGCCCCUAUCGCAGUUCACCCACUUUUCACUUUUCAUUUUCCGUAUUGCUAUUUUCCGUUUGACAGUUGCGCUGGCCUGUGCUUGUUUUUCGCGUGUUGUAAAUUUUCAAUUGAUAUUCUUUAACAAAUAAAAAUAUAAGUUGUACAAAAUAAAUCAGAAAUUAAAUAAAUUUUUGGAAAAUAUGACUAAAGACAUUUGAAAUAUUUGGAAACACUAUCGAUUUUCCAGUGAUUCAUAUACCCAGCGCAUGAAUUAAGGUGGAUGUGCAGUGCAUCUAACCUAAAAAUAUGUACAUAGUACAACUAGUGGUUGUUGCUUUCUGAAACUGUGUCAGUGGGCUUCGAGCAAGGCCCCUUGCCCUUGGCGAAGAAGCUUGUGGGUUGAGUAAUGAGGGAGCACAAUUAUAGGGCAGAAAACAGCAUAGCAAAACAAAAUAUGAAAAACACCCGGCAUUAUUGAGAUACUUUCACCGCGAUGUGUAUAAGCGAAGCGCAAAACGUAAUAACGAAUUUCAAUUACAUCUUUGGAUUCAGCAAAACUCUAGCUGACCAUAGGCGUUGCUGUUGAAGAACGUCCGCCUCAGUCUUAUCGCGACUUUACAAGCAAACGCAAGCGGAUAAAGAGGCAAAAUUGGAUCAACGAGACUGUAAUAGAAAUAAAUUGUUGAAUAUAUAACUCAACAUAAUGCGCGCCCCUAGUGACCUACAAUCGCCCACCAGCGAAAUUGUGCUAUUAACUCCCGCUAGUGAAAUUUCCCCCAAUGUCACCGCAGACAACUCCGCUGCUAUCACAGUUAGCAAUGGGGGUGUGGGCGGCCAACAUGAAGGAUCUGCCGAUUCAAAUAACAGUGCUGUGCGUAUGAAAAAACAAUUGGGACUACUUGAAGGAGUUGCCAUUAUUUUGGGUGUUAUAUUCGGUUCAGGCAUUUUCAUAUCACCCAAAGGUGUGAUACGUGAAGUAGAAGCGGUUGGCACAUCACUAAUCAUAUGGGUGCUAUGUGGCAUGUUGUCGAUGAUUGGCGCGCUUUGUUAUGCUGAAUUGGGUACGACGAUACCAAAGUCUGGCGGCGAUUAUGCGUAUAUACUGGAAGCUUACGGCCCACUACCCGCUUUUCUCUACCUCUGGGAUGCAAUGAUGAUAUUUGUCCCUACAACGAAUGCCAUUAUGGGUCUCACGUUCGCCUCCUACGUACUUCAGCCCUUCUUCCAAAAUGAAUGCAGCAUACCGGAGAGCGCCCUACAACUACUCUCUGCGGUAACAAUAUGCUUCCUAACCUACCUGAAUUGUUGUUACAUGAAAGCUACUACGAAAAUGCAAAAUAUAAUUAUGUUUACUAAAAUUGGCGCGUUGUUAUUAAUCAUUAUUUUGGGUGUGGCUUGGAUGAGUUUUGGUAACGUUGAGAACUUUGCAGACCCCUUCGAAAAUACACAAACCGAUCCUGGCAAGCUAUCCGUUGCCUUCUAUUCGGGUAUUUUUUCAUAUUCCGGUUGGAGUUAUUUAAAUUUCAUGACAGAGGAAUUACGUGACCCAUAUAAAAAUUUGCCGCGCGCUAUUUAUAUUUCUCUGCCAUUGGUGACGGGAAUUUAUGUGCUCGCUAAUAUGGCCUACUUGGCUGUAUUAUCGCCAGCAGAAAUGAUUGCCUCCGAUGCGAUCGCAGUGUCCUUUGGAGAUCGUGUACUGGGCGUAUGGUCUUUCAUUAUACCCAUAAUGGUGGCGAUAUCCGCUUUUGGUGGUCUCUCGGUGCAUAUAAUGACUUCUUCACGCAUGUGUUUUGUCGGCGCACGUAACGGUCAUAUGCCGGCGAUCUUGUCAAAUAUAAGUGUGGAGCAAUUUACGCCGGUGCCAUCACUUGUGUUUUUGUGCAUCUUGUCGAUUAUAAUGCUAGUCGUGAGCGACGUUUACGUGCUUAUAACUUACAGCAGCAUAGUGGAGUCGUUUUUCAUAAUGCUGUCAGUAUCGGCGUUACUCUAUUUACGCUAUACCCGCCCCAAUAUGGAGCGUCCAAUUAAGGUCUCACUCUGGAUACCUGUCAUCUUUGUGGUUCUUUGUGCCUUUCUUGUGGUCGUGCCUAUCUAUGUGGCGCCCUAUGAAGUUGGUAUGGGCGUGCUGAUAACAGUUAUAGGUGUGCCAUUCUACUACGUCGGUGUAGUGUGGAAAAAUAAGCCGAAGUGUUUUCAAAGUGCAAUUAACCAUUUUACAUAUGCGUGCCAAAGAAUGUUUAUGUCAGCCAAAGAAGAGAAAGUUGAAUGAUUCAUUGACUAUUGUGUCAAAACAAUAACCAUCGUUUAAGUUUUUUCUUUUGCCAGCUAUUGUCAUAUUUAUAACUUCAUUCAUAAGAACUAAUCAAUACUCAUUACCCAUUUCUUAGUUUCUUUAUAUAUUUACAUGUAUUUGAAACGAAUGUGUAAUAAGUAAGAAAGUUAUAAAACUAUAAAGACUUAUGGCCAUAUUCAUAGA